AUGAUAAACUGUGAUCUUGGCCUAGAGCAGGAGAAGGAACAGGGGGAGGCAGCAUUUCGUUGUGAUUACAAACAUAUCCCUACAGCGGAGGGCUUUUUCAAACAUUUCGUGAUACCAGCUACUUGGGCUGAUGCACGACUGCGCUGCUCGUUGGAAGGCGCAACACUGGCUUCUCCGCUUAAUCCAAAUAUCGAAGCUGAGAUGAAGCACAUCAUACAAAUCUAUUUCACGUCAGAAUCAGAAAUAUUUACUGGAUUUCACGCGACUAUUUCACAAGGCAACUUCUACAGCAUAGAAGGUACACCUUUAAGUGAAAUUUCAUUAGCGUGGGCAGAAAACGAACCAAAUAAUGUUGGGAAUAAUGAAAACUGCAUCACGUUUAAUGCUAAUGGUGAAAUGGCAGACAGAUCCUGCAACGAGCCUCGACCUUACAUCUGCUUUCGAUCAGCCGAAAUUAAGACCGAGGUCAAUGAAUGCGGGACUAUAGAUUCAGAAUACAAACUGGAUCAAAGAACGAACUCUUGCUAUAAGUUCCACACAGUGCCCCGAACGUUCUCUGGCGCACACUUCGCGUGUUCUGCUGAAGGUGGUCAUCUUGCCAUAAUCAACAGUAAUGUCGAAGCUACGGUGCUUAGAGAACUGUUCGCAAAAUACCCUAGUGGAACGAUGUUUGGCUCUUUCCGAAAAGAUUUUGCAUUCGUUGGUUUCCAUGAUUGGGGUGAAACCGCGGACUGGAGGACCAUUCACGAGGCAGCAUUUCGUUGUGACUACAAAUAUAGCUCUGAAGCAAAUGGCUGGUUCAAACAUUAUUUGAUACCAGCUACUUGGGCUGAUGCACACCUGCGCUGCGCCUUGCAAGGUGCAAAACUAGCUUCUCCACUAAACGACAAAAUGGUAACUGAGAUGAAAAUCAUCAUGCAAAAGUUCUUCAAUCCUGAUUCAGAAAUCUUUACUGGAUUCCACGCAACUUUUUCACGAGGCAACUUCUACAGCACUGAAGGCGUACCCCUAAGCGGACUGUCCUUACCAUGGGCAGAAAAGGAACCAGAUAAUGUUGGGAAUAAUGAAAACUGUAUCACGUUAAAUGUUGAUGGUGAAAUGGCAGAUAGAUCCUGUGACGAGCCUCGACCUUACAUUUGUUUCCGAUCAGCCGACACCAAAACCGAGGUCAACGAAUGCGGGACUAUAGAUCCAGGUCUAACGCUAACAGAGACAGGGUACAACAAAUUUUCUCCUGGAGAACCAAGUAAUUCCACACCGGGAGAAUUCUGUGGUAGCAUAUACCGGAGCGCUUUGUUGAACGACCUCUGGUGUGAGAGGCCAGCUGCAUUUAUCUGUGAAAAAAAGCGUGACUUUCCACCUGUUUGUUAG